AAGAAAAUCUUAGCAAGAAAUGUUGGAAGAAUCAAUGUCGUCAACUGUACCUUCUUCCUCCCUCUUGUCUUCCAUUUUCAGCUGGUUUACUCCCACUGUUUUCUUCGUCUUCGUUAACCUCACUAUCGGUACCAUCUUCUUCACUUCCUCCUUAGCUUCCAACAAACCCUCCGCCGCCGCUGGUGUCGGCGAAGGAGAUGAGAGAAACGACCCAAGACUAGUUAGAUCCCCAUCUGUUUUCCAAAGGCUCAAAUCCAUCAACUUGUAUUCUCAUAGAUCCGAGGAGCCCGUGAGUUGCAAUUCAAAAAUCCCAGAUAUCGGUGCCGAUUUCCAUUUCUCUUUUCAAGAACAAACCAUCCCGGAAUGGCGGAAGCCGUCUUCUCCGCCGCAGCGGAUGUCGGUGCCUUACGUCGAUGGUUCUCCUUCCGUUUUGCAAAGGCUUAAGUCGAUCAAUCUCUACGGAUUCUUCUCUCCGGAGCAGAAAACCCAUGAAAUCAGCUCGCAUUACACUCCUGACGAAGAAAUGAAAGAGCCGGAAGUGGUUGAAGAUGUGAGCAGCGGUUUCCAUUUCUCUUUUCAACAACAAACCACCCCAAGUCAGCCGCCGUCGCAGCCGGAGGAAGCCAUUGAAGAAACACAAAAACUUGAAGAAAUACCCAGUUUCUGUGAGGUGAAGGUUAACAAAAGUGAAGUGGCGAGGACCAAAUCUGACGUCGAACCAGCGUCCGGCGUAGUACCGACGAAGCUAUCGAAGAAGAUGAGGAAAUCAGCGAGUCUCAAGUCUCCGUUCUCGCAUUUCGAGGAAGCAGACAUCGUGGAAACACGACGGCCGGCCACCGUGAGAGAAGGAAAGGGUAAAGCUACGGAGGAGGAGGACGAAGUGGAUGCGAAAGCAGAUGAUUUCAUCAAUAAGUUCAAGCAACAGUUGAAGUUGCAAAGGAUGGACUCCAUUAGGUACAAGGAGACGGUGAAUAGAGGUGGUAAUAGGUGAAGUAAAUUAAACUUUAGAUUUAUUACUAG